GGGAGGAUGACUCGUGAGUUUUUAUUGGGGAGGGUUGACUUCACUCCAGGGGCUGACAAAACACGCGUGAAGCGCGCGGUCAUGUUGCAGCGCAGGGUUUUCCACACGGCUCUUAAGCACUUUUUCACAGGGGCUCAAGAAACCAAACGAGCUCCGCCAUGUGGGCUCCUCUGUGCGCUGACGUGGGGACAGAGGCUCGUCUUGCACAGGCACAAAUCAAGUCUCCCAGAUGUGAGGGAGCGGACUCUCAUCGCCAUAAAGCCAGACGGAGUCCAGCGUCGCCUUGUUGGACAGAUCAUCCAUCGGUUCGAGCAGCGAGGUUUCAAAUUGGUCGGGCUGAAGAUGCUGCAGGCGUCUCAGGAUGUCCUGUCCGAGCACUACUGUAACCUGAGGACCAAGCCGUUCUACAACAGUCUGGUGCGCUACAUGACCUCUGGACCCCUUGUUAUGAUGGUAUGGGAAGGGCACAACGUCGUUCAGACAUCACGGACUAUGGUGGGAAACACUAACCCGGCUGAGGCCCAGGCAGGAACCGUCAGAGGAGAUUUCAGCAUUCAUGUCAGCAGGAACGUGGUCCAUGCCAGUGACUCGGUGGAGGGGGCUCAAAAGGAGAUCCAGCUGUGGUUUCAAACGAAAGACCUUUUGGACUGGGACUCCUGGGACCCGACCAGCACCGGCGAUGUGUGAAGAUGGCAUCAAUCGAAGGAAGUGAGGUUUGCUGCCUCUUUCCCUGCUGCUCAGUGGUCCGUCACUUUAGUGCGACCAAAGGCGAUUGUAAAACAUGAGCCGUAUUCAGUGAUCUCAGUGAUUUACCUCAGAAGUGCACUCAAAUGAAAAUGUUGAUGUUUUGUCAGAUUUUAGUUUUUAAUCCUUGUUUGAGCCGGUGCAUAUUUUAUUAAUUUGUAAUCAACAUGUUUCUGUUUAAUGGUUAAGCUACUUAAAGGUUUAAGAUGCAGAAUAUUGAUUUAAGAGUACACAAAGUCCAUUUAUUAUGAUUGUGUUUUUUAAGAAUGUUCUGUUUGAACCUUUUAGUGAAGAAACACUUUUUACACAUACUUUCUAGACUGGCUUAUUUUUGUCCCAAGGCAAAAAUUUUGCAUUUUAGCUAACUUUUUCUACAUUUGGCAAGAUUUGUUUUGAGGCCAUCAUUUGACCAUGCACUGAAAGUAUUAAUAAAAGAGCAAAAAUGGUUAAAGGUUUUUCAAAAAUGUAACAAAACCAAAAUAGUAUUUAAGUAGAUAAUGACAUAUUUUCCUUAGAAGCAAUAAACCCAAAAAUAUAAGCAGGUUAGUGUGGUCAAGGGCUCGUUUUUGGGGGGGGGUUUCAAUCAUACCUGCAUUUUCUUUUCCACAUUCUGAUCACUGCAAAAUAAAGCAUGGAAAAA